UGAGCAAAUAAUGGGAGAACAAUAAUGAUGAUGAUAAAUAUCUGUCAAGAAACUCCAAAAAGGCCAAUGGAGGAUUAUGCGGGCCCCACUGCUUUGGCCCGUGAAAGGUGAACCAGAGCUCUCUCCGUCUCAUAGGAAGAUUAGAUUUGCAGGAGCUGAGCCAGUUGGACGCCAUAACCAUGGCUUCAAACUCUCUCUUGUCACUCAACUUGAACCCAACUCCCACCUCAAAGCUCCCAAAAGAUUCAGUAUUCUCAAGAACCCAUCUUCCUUUAAGUCCUCUUCGGUUGAAGAACAGAGAGCUCUCACUCUCACUGCCACUCCCAAGAGUGGCUUCGACUCCGGCAAUCCCCUUCCCGCCCAUUAACGUCAACUACUUGGAGGAAGAGUUCAGCGGGCACGGUGUCACCUUUGAAGGGAUCGGUGAGAGCUGUGUUGCCAAGCUGGGCCUUGACAAUGGCAGCACAGCAACCUUGGUGCUGCCCAGUGGUCUUGUGACCUCGUACAAGGCUCCAAUGUGGCACGGGGAGAAACUCGAGAUUCUGCAGACAUUUGUCGCAGAAGGAGAAGAUGGGGAAGCUCUGAUUCAAGGGGGCUUGUCUUUGGAGUUCACUCUUGAAGGUGAAGAUGGAGUUUCAUGGUCUCCCAGAAACUGGGCCUUGUCUGAUAUCAGAGGGAGUUCUCAGGACUCUAUUCAGGUAGAGCUUCUCAGCAGUGAUCCGAGAAGUAUGGUGGAAGUAAAAUAUAUAUUGUCUCUUCAAGAACAGACCUUGAGCUCUGAGAUAGAGGUCUCUAAUUCCAGCUCGUCAUCAUCAGUCCGAUUGAGGGGAUCGAUCAUAGACCAUCUAAAUGUGAGCACGCCCGAUGCAACUUAUGCGAUCGGACUAGAAGGAUCCAAUUUCUACAUGAGGCCCCCGAUUUUGUCAAACUUUGUGAUAAUUCCACCAGACGUGGACCAGGACCUUAGUUUUGGAAAACUGUGGGAGGACUUGCCGCUCAAGAGAUUUUUGUAUCCUCAUGACAAUGCGGGAAGGAAAAAAUCUGAGGAAGAGGAAGAUAUCGAAGGCGAAGAAGAAAACUACAAACGAUUAACUGAAGAGAUGAGCCUGGUCUACACGAGCGCGCCUACCUACUUGACAAUCAUUGACAGGGGUAGGAGAAAUUCAGUUGUGGUGGGGAGGGAAGGUUUCGACGAACUAUACAUGCACAGCCCUGGUUCCAGACAUGAGUUCUACAGCAAGUAUGCAUACAUUUCUGUUGGACCCUCCGCGAUACUUAAACCUAUGAUGGUCGGUCCAGGAGACGUGUGGAGAGGAGCACAGCAUUUACAUAACCCAAACCUCUAAGUCGUGGUCAGGUAUGAGGCCCUCCCAGUUUCCAGGAAAAGCCUCAAGGACUGUUCAGAGAAUCAUCUCAAAAUCCUUCUGUGCAAAACGUUAUUGGUGUUUGCAUGUAUGUGGAACUAAUUUAUCUCUUUUCAAGCAUCCCUUAGAAAAGCAUUAAGGCCCAGUAAGAAAAGGCAAGGUCGAUAGUCAGGAAUCUUCUCUUGUUUCGUUUUUGUUUUCAUUGCGAAGGUAGACAACAGCAUAUAUAUAAUAUACAGCUACUUCUUCUAAGGUAUA